GCAUUACACAAGCAUUGAAUGAAUUAUAUCUUGACUACUCCAAAGCCUGGUUUUUAAAAGCAAAUAUUAAUGAUGAAAUUUGUCAAACAGUUGAUAAUGUUAGAAGAGGAUACAUCCUUCAUCUUUUGACUAAUAAUUUUGCUAAAGCAUCAUGGGUGGGUGUAGUUGUGAAAGACUGCAAGAAGAUUGUCAAAUAUUUUAAUGCUCAUUUAAUACCAACAGCUUAA